CAAAAACGCAGCGCCGAUCUGUGUUUUGUGUGGGGAGACUGUUUUGGGCUUCCGUUUCCAACCAUGCCAUCGCCUCGAUCGCACCCACAGUAGUCUGUCGUCCGCUUCCGAUCGCCAUGGCCGCCGCCGCCGCCAUACCCGACGGCGACGGCCACCCGCUCUUUUCCAAGAUCUCCAUCUCCGGUCCCGCCCUCGCCUCCAUCAUCGAACGGUUCGCUUCCUCCCCUGGCGAUAUCGACGGCCUCCUAUUCGGCCACGUCACUCGCCUCCCCCCUCCCGACCCUCGAGACGACGACGGUGGCCAUGGUUCCCCCAACUCUUCCGCCGGAUCCGCCGCCGCCGCCGCCGCCGCCAACAGCCCCCUCGCCGCCACCAUAACCGGCCACCUUUCCCUCGCCUCCCGCGCCUCCUUCUACGACGCUCUAGGCCGUCUCAUAUCCCCCUCUCUCCGCAACGCCGCCUCCUCAUCCGGUCACCCCGCCGCCUCCCUGCUUGGAUGGUUCUCCGGCCGCCGCCGAUCUCCUCUCCGCCCCUCCAUGCGGGAGCGCGCCGUCUCCCUUUCCCUCUUUCGAACCCCAGAUCUCCUUGAUACUAACGCCCCUCCUGAUCGCUCGCUUGAGUCCCUCGAUCUUCCCCAUCGGCCUUCCAUCUUCCUCCUCCUGUCCUCCUCGACCACCGGAAACCAAGCGGUCCACACCCACGAGUACAGGGCCUUCGCCCUUCGCCUGAGGGCCGGCGGCGUUGGCGGCGUCCUCGAGCCGAGAUCUCUGGACAUCGUCAAUGUGGGGCCAGCGUUCAGGGCGCAGUACAGCUCCUUCUCUCCGGUGUCAGCCUUUCCAUGGAUGCCGUGUCAGCUGAGGGGGCUGGAGGAGGGAGAACGGGAGAUGGGGAACAAGAGAGGAGGGGGCGAGAGUUUGAACCGUCUCCAGGAGUUGGCCAUGGAGCAGCAUUUGCUGGAUUCGUCGACAGGGGGGUUUGGGGCAGAGAGAUUAGAGAGGCUUGUUGGGCCUGCGGCCACAGGGUACACCUCAGAAUUGGAAGAUUUGUAUGGAAAGAUGCUACUUAAACUCGAAAGUUUGGCCACGCUUGUGGAGGAGAGUUCAGCCAGAAUCCUUGAGCAGGCAUUGGUCACCAGCACUGACAGAUAGCUUAUGUUUGGGAUGCCAUGAGAAGAGAUGAAGACCAGUGAAAACAUUAUAAAAGCAAUGAGGAUAUAUGGUCUUUCCAUUAUUUGGAGGAAGUGGCUUCAUAGUGGAAAAUGGUGGUACCAGGUUCAUGCAGCCAUCUCAAUAUGUUGGGAUUUGAAACUCAGUUGCUAUUGUCAUUUAACUUCUGCUUCAUUGUUCUCGUCAUUUUCACUUUAGUUUCUGUUGUUUUCAUGUUUUGCUGCCAACAAUGACCUAAAUUCUUUUUAUAAUAAUUGAGAUCCUAUUUGUUGUCAUCA